UUACUCGUUUGAAGUUACUACUCGAGGGGUUUUGGAGACGCUUUGCUCUGUCUGACGCUCAUCCUUCCGCAGCCACCAUGGUUCACAGCAGCAGUAUCUGCAGAUUCCUCCUCCUGGUGCUCCUAGGCCUCAUGGUAGCCUUUGUACACACAGAGGCAGAUGCAGACCCGGUCUCAACAACCAGGGACAACCAGGACACCAUGUCUGGAGAGCCACCCAGUGACAUCACCACCAAAGACCCUUUCCAGGGUAUAACGGAGCAGCCCUUCACCUUCGACUACGAGGACACCACACACUCCCAGGCCAUGGAGGAGGAGGAAGGGGUGCUGGGGCCAGGGGCCAUCACAGCCAUUGUUAUAGCAGUCUUCCUGGGAGCGUCUGUCCUCCUUGCCCUCAUCGUCAUCACACUCAGGAAGUUCACCACCUCCUAAAGUCAAUGCAUCCCAUCUUGUGUGUGUAUGCAUGUGUGUGUUUGUAUGCCAUGAGUGUGAAAACAUUUUCUCUUGUGCCUGUCAUCUCAAUCUCCGAACUCACCCCUCGUCUUUCUUUCAACCAUGAAUUUGUGUCUUUCGCCAUAGAUGCUAAGAAAUUGUGGCAGGUCCCCUGACUGACUGUUACUCCUGUAAACUCGCUCUAAUUGUUGCUCAACGUGUCCACUUGUUACUAAAGGUGUGAUGUUAGAAACUGGCUGGCUCUUCCAGUGGAAAUCGUAGCAUGUCCAUGUCAUUUUAAUUUUGUUCAGCUGUUUUCAAGGUCUUACAUGCACGCUCUAAAGGGGUUUUUAAUGUUUGUGGGCUGUUUGUUUCCUGAUAGUCUUUCCCUUAUGUUGAGAGUUUGAUGUGAAGCAUGCUGUAUGUGUUUGCUUUUAUUUGUUCAUGAAGUGUAUGUGCUUUUGUUAGUCUGUGUCUAAUAGGUAUUUUUUAGAUUUACAUGCCUAAAUGAGGUUUUUAUUAGUCUUUCACAAUGACUUCACCUUGUGCCAAAACUAUUUCUAAAAUAUCCCCUGUGUCACCCGUGUACAAGUCUUUAAGUUUGUGUUGCACCAUUAACAAACAUUUGUAGAGUCAAAAAAAGAAGAAAACAUUUUUAAAAAGGAUUCUUCAAUGAAUGUAAACAGGGUAGUCGGGUUGUUUGUUCUACCUGCAAAGCAAAUAUACAGUUCA